AGGAGGCAAAACAUAAUGAAUGGUUGGUUGUUUAGAGAGAGAUACAGAGGUCGCUAAUUCGACGCCUGGCGCCGCCAUUGGCGACGGCGCGGCGCGAUUGAGGCUUCUUCAUUCUCUUCUUCUUCUGUUGUUCACCAUUGCCACUUCUUCUUCUGAUUCUGAUCCUGACUUGGAGCCCCUUCACAUGACUAAAAACUGCGUUCGAGAACUAGAAGCCAGUGAAUCAUCAGCAGACAGAAAAAUGCUUCCUUUAAGCGUAGAAACUGGUGGAUGUGCUGGAUUUCAGGUUUUUGAGAGGGAUGGAAUUAAGUUGGUUGUUGACAAUAUUUCAUAUGAUUUUGUGAAAGGCGCGACUGUUGACUAUGUUGAGGAACUAUCUUCGCAUUCUUUCCUCCACAGAUUACCACAACGUUUUUCCCUUUUCUUAAGGAAGUUAAUGGAAGCAAGAUUACCAACAUGUGACAGAGAGAAGUCAAGUGAAAGAACUAGCUAUUGAGAUGAGAGACAUCACAAUUGGCAGUGAAGACCAACCUGUGGCCCUUGAAAAUUUUGAGCUCUCACGACAAGGGAAAUGAAAAGAGAAAGGGCUGCCUCUAGGUGCAGGAGAGGGAAAGAUUGUGUGUGUUUAGCCAUAUUAAAGAAAAAGAACCAUAUUUUCUUCUGCAGCUUUUCUUUUGGGGAGUCAGGCAAUCAGAGCACAGUAAAGAAUAAAAAUUGAUAAAAUUGUUGACAAAACUUGAACAAAACAAUUGAUACUGUUUGGCGCAAGCAAAAUUAUGAUGUGUGAAAAUUGCAUUAUCCCCAAACAAGAUGAUGGGUCAUGCAAAAGGGAUGUUAAACUAUUUUCUAAUUGCAAUUGAAUAGUUUCCAAGCACAUUUAAUUCAA